AGUGCCCCGCCCCUCGUUCAGACGAAAAAUGGCGGGGUCUUCUGAGUUGGUGGUCCUUGACCCCCCAUGGGACAGGGAGCUAGCGACGGGGACAGAGAGUCAGGCCUUGGUCUCCGCCACUCCCCGAGAGGACUUUCGGGUGCGCUGCACCUCGAAGCGGGCUGUGACCGAAAUGCUACAACUGUGCGGCCGCUUUGUGCAAAAGCUCGGGGACGCUCUGCCGGAGGAGAUUCGGGAGCCCGCGCUGCGAGAUGCGCAGUGGACUUUUGAAUCAGCUGUGCAAGAGAAUAUCAGCAUUAAUGGACAAGCAUGGCAGGAAGCUUCAGAUAAUUGUUUUAUGGAUUCUGACAUCAAAGUACUUGAAGAUCAGUUUGAUGAAAUCAUAGUAGAUAUAGCCACAAAACGUAAGCAGUAUCCCAGAAAGAUCCUGGAAUGUGUCAUCAAAACCAUAAAAGCAAAACAAGAAAUUCUGAAGCAGUACCACCCUGUUGUACAUCCACUGGACCUAAAAUAUGACACUGAUCCAGGUGAGUCGGUAUCCAUUUGUGGUAAAAAUGAAGCAUCUGCUUAUAAUUUUUAUGGGUUUCUGAUACUCUUCUAAAAGGAUCAACAUCAAGGAUAUUCUCCCUUUGAUGCUUUAACUUCCUACAAGUUAUUGAUGUUUAGCAUUUCAACUAGAAUUAAGAGGACUAGCUUUAUACCUGUUGACUCAGAAUUCCAGGGGUAUUACCCCGGAAUCUUAGCUUUUAUAAAGUUCUCACCUGAUGCAGACUAUUAUAACACAUACCCAUCUCUAACUUCUAAUACCCUCCUAUCUCUGUAAUUGUACUUUCCAAUCUUUGCAUUACAGCCAAAGCUAUACUAUUAAGGCAUUCUCUCAUAGUGUCACAGCUGGUGCAGUCACCAUCAUUGGUUUCUCAUUAUUUCUAAAAUCAAAUAAAAAUAUAUUGAAUUUAA